AUGCCUCUGAUAUACAAACACCCUGUCCGAAACGAUGACACCAUUAUGCUGGCUCUGAAUAGCCUCUCUGGACAAUACAUUCGUCGCCAUGGUGACCAGGAUGAAAUUCUAUCACAAGAACAGACACGAUUUAUCCAGGACAUGUUGUUAGGAAAGAUUCUUGGUUCGAAUCUGAUUUACUCUCAUCAGUACAAGUCCGGGGAUUUGUUGCUGCUGAACAACCCUUCAGUUGCCCAUAUCGCCGGAGCAGGAUCACAGAGUCCGGUAGAAGUGGCGGGUCUUCGUCUCAUGCAUCGCUCGACCGUCCGCGGAGACCGUCCGCCAAGCAAGGACUCUACCAUCAAAUACGAAUGUGCUCAGUUCGAACCAUUCCAAAAUGGGUAUUGCUUAUUUUCAUUGAAGGAUUCGGUGUUUUAUCCUCGUUACGGAAUAUUUGACACAAGGGAAUGUUGCUAG